GGAUCGUCAAGUUUUGUACCUGUGUAGAACAAUGACAUAGUGAUUGCUUUUCUUAUUAUUCCGUGUUAAAGUGGUGAUUAUAAGGUUAUUUAAACCUAAAAGUUUGUAUAUCUGUUCCGGAAUUCAGUAUUGAAGUUUUCGGACAGAAGAUGAACUAUGGAAUAUAUUAAAGGAAAUAUUGUAUUUUCAAAAAUAUCUCACACCGAUGGGAAUCACUGAUAUAAUGUUUAUUAAUGCUGUUGGUGUUGGUUAGUUUAUAUUUUAUAGUAUAUAUAUUAAUAUUGAAAAUGGUUUCAACAUUAGUUUGUUCUUGGAGUAAUGAAGAUUGGGGAAACAUCAGUGGUAAAUGUGAAGAAAAGUCUGAUUCUGAAACAUGUUCGACAAUGGAAGACAGCUAUGGAAUAGAUAAGCCUGUAGUUAUUUCUAAUGAGCAUAUUGCUCUACCAGAUAUAUUACAACAAAGUAAAGACAGCGAGGAUAUUUUGACCAAGUUUUUAGGUACCACUAGUAAGGAAGCACAAAGUGAUGACAACUCUGAAGAAAUAUUCAGUAGUCAUAAGAAUAGAAAUAUUAAAGCGGAUUUAAAUAGGAGAAAUAUUGUUGACAAAGUAUUUGAAAAAUAUGAUGAUCCGUACAUGAAAUUUCCUGUUACAAAAACACCCAAAACCCCAGGUCCACGCACACCUAGACAUACAUUAGUUAGUCCAACCAAAACUCCUGCUUCCAAACCCUGGAAAUAUGUGACUCUUGAAGAAAGAGAAUUGAGACGAAGAGCUGCCAUUGAAGGACAAAGGGACUUUUGUCAGGUACUAAUUAAGAAAGGUAUCGAUCCAGAGGAAUAUGUUUCUUCAGUUUUUAAAUCCACUAAAAAAAGUGGCAGUAGCAAAAAAUUUAAUUUUGAGUGCAGUACUCCAAAAACUGAUACAUUUUCUGAAUGUGUAACUACACCAUUCACAGAUAAAUCUAAUGUAAACACUCCAAUUAGUGGAAUUAAAAAACUACCAAAUUAUUGUGGUGAAACAUCUUACACUCCAAAUUAUUUAAAUUGUAGUUACACAUCUCGCUGUUCUGAUUUGUCAUUGAAUGAGACUUUUUCGCCAGUACAUGAUUUGCCACCUGCAACUAAGUCUACUUUGUUAUCAGGAAUAAUUUGUUAUGUUGACGUGAGAAGUGCUAAUGAAGAUAUGACUGGUUCAGUACAGGAAGAGUUGCUUACUUUAGGAGCUAGGAUAGAAAAGAAUUUUACAAAGAAAGUUACUCAUGUGGUAUUUAAAGAAGGUAGGGUAUCAACUUACCUGAAGGCUAAGAAAGAAGGUGUACCCUUAGUUUCUGUUUUAUGGAUCGAAGCUUGUAAAAGAGUUCGAGGUGUGGCAGAUCCAGCUCUACAUCCGCCUAGACGAAUGGAGAAAUAUGAAAAUAUAUUACCAUUUCAAACUCUUAAGAAAAGAAGGCUGAAGUUUUUCAAUCCCAAUUCUAAGAUCAGAAAAAAUAUUUUAGAAAAUUACAAUGACCCAACAUUUGUUCCAACAUUAAAUGGAAAGAGAUUAGCAACCAAGAAAGCAGCAACUGUUUGUAAAGAUAAAGUUACCAACACCAGUGAAGACAAAGAAAAUAACGGUAUCCGGAAAUUCUGUACUAAGAAACUGUUAUUUAAUAAAUGUGAAGAUCUCUUCACUGACGAGAAAGUCGAGGAAGAGAACCAUAUCAAAAUCACGGAAAAAGAAGUAUCUGCAGAUGAUUCCAGUAUAGAUUCUAUGCCAGAUAUCAAAAGUGCUGUUCUAAGGCGAAAAAGUGCACCUGCUAAAAUAAUCUUCAAAAAACCUUCUAAACCAAAAGUUAUUGAAGCUACAGAAAAGGAAGAUAUUUUAGUGAUUUCUGAUGAUGAAAUUGAAAAUAUAAAGGAAAUUUCUAAAACACAGGAUCAAAGUAUCGCUAAUAAUGAACCAGCUAAAGAUCCAGACGAAAUCGUUAAACUCGACUUGGCUUUUCCUCAACCUUCUAAAAAAAAGAGAAAGUUGUACGACCCAGAAGAAGUAUACGUUUCCCUUGACGAAGGUCAGGUCACACAAGAAUCUAUAGUUAACACGCCCGUCAAGAGGCCUCGAACCAAAGCUACCGCAAGUAGGCAGCUUGUUAAGUUAGCUCUGGCUCGGAAGAGAGGAAAUAAUAAAAUUAAGACUGACCCGGACGAUGAUGACUGUGGAAGCUCACCUUCUACGUUUGUUGAUGACAAGGCUAAUGUUAGCCAUAGAAAUAAGAAGCACAAGGAACGGAGGUCUAUCGUGUUUACGAGUGUUCACCGCAGAGUUUUAGAAGCUCCUGGCUCCCCGCUUUCAAGAUCAGAUAAUCUUGUUACUGCGUACUAUAAUAAGUGAACUGCCAAAAUAUGUUGAGAUGGUGAAGGAAUUGGGAAGGUGCGUUGUCGAAAAUGAAGUAACCAAGAGAACUACUCAUGUUGUCUGUAACGGUCCGAGGAGAACUCUGAACCUCAUCAAGGGCAUUGCCAGGGGUUGUUGGAUAUUAGAUAUAAAAUGGUUUGAGGAAUCUGUGAAAGAAGAGAAAUGGGUUCCUGAAGACAACUAUAUAUUGUCUAAAGACUUUCCUUGCAUCACGGAAUGCUGUAGAGAACGCAGAGGCCUGAGAACAUCACACGUUGUAGAUAUAUUUAAGGACUUGGGAAGAAUUUAUGUUUCUAAAGCAGCAAACCCUCCUAAAAAAGACUUGGACCAGUUACUCAGAAUGUGUUGCGCCACCUUAUCAAAAUCAUCUAGUAGCGCAGAUAUUACAGUCGGAGGCAAUAAACCAAACCCGAAUGGUGUUUGGAUUUCAGAAAAGUGGAUAAUAGAUUCUAUUACGCUCAAUUCGCUGCAGCCGUACAGUUCCUAUACGCUCACGAUUGACAAGGUCAAGGAUACUCCCGCCAGUCAGGAGUGAUUGUGAUUAAUCACUCUUGAUAUGAACAAUUAGGUUGCCGAUCUGUUUCGACCUUCAUCCAUUAGCUCUCUACUACUGGUUAAGUCAUUCGCUAAAUGGCAUCAUUUGUUUUAAGACUUUUAUCGAAUCGCUCAAAUCGAUUAUUUUAACAAUCAUGUACAUAAUAAGUUUAAUGUAUUCAAAGUGGUUCUGAUUGCGUUUGGUUGUGGUUCGUAAUUAUUUAUUGAACUUUAUUAAUUAUAUUUUUGAUAUUUUUUUACUUUAUGUAAAUGUUGAUUAUAUUUAAAAACAAAUUGCAUAAUCCUAGCUUGUUAACUAAAAUUAUUUUGCUGCUCACGUUUUUUAUAUCACAG